AUGGCGUCUGGAUCAACGUUGUUUCCUGUGCAGAUAUCGCGUCUCGACCUCGCGGGGAAGCUCUUCCGCCAGAACGAGGAGGGCUGGAAGCCCGUGCUGGAGCGCUUCGAACGGAACCUGCAGCAGAUUGCCUCCGAGGGCGACGAGGUUUCUUUGACGCGCCACCAGUCAAGAGGGCAGCUUUUGCCACGCGACCGCAUCGCCCUUUUGCUGGACCAUGACAGCCCGUUUCUCGAGCUGGGCGCGUUCGCUGGCUUUGGCAAUCCCGAUUCGACCCCGUCGGGGAAUCUGAUUGCGGGCAUCGGCAAUGUCAAUAGCCACCCGUGUAUGCUCAUGUCGCAUAUCCCGACACAGAGUGGAGGCGCGUGGAAUGAGAUGACAGUGCUUAAGGUCAACCGGAUUAUGGAGGUUGCCUUUGAGAACGAUCUCCCGCUGAUCUCACUGGUGCAAUCGGCCGGUGUCUUCCUCCCCCAGCAGUUCCGAGUCUUCCACAAGGGGGGCCAGUUGUUCCGCGAUCUCGCAGUCAGAACACAGCAUGGUAAGCCCUCCUGUGCCAUUGUCUUUGGCUCGUCGACCGCAGGUGGUGCGUACCACCCUGCGCUGUCAGACUACACCAUCUUUGUCGAGAACCAGGCACAGGCAUUUCUCGGAGGCCCGCCAUUGGUGAAGAUGGCCACAGGAGAGGUGAUCGAGGCAGAAGCUCUGGGAGGAGCCAGCGUUCAUGCCACGAUUACUGGCCUGGCAGACCAGCUCGCCUCAGACGAAUUCGAUGCAAUCAUAAAAGCCCGCGAAUGGGUUGCUUCAUUGGAUCUACGAGUAUCCCCACUGCAAGGCCGUGUGGAAUCCGUUGAACCUCUCUACCCAGCAGACGACAUCUUCCGCCUCGUCAAUCCGGAUAUCCGCAAGCCUCUCGAUAUGAGCGAAGUCCUCCUCCGUCUCGUGGACGGAUCUCGCCUGUCCGUGUUCAAGCCAAAGUACGGGCCGAAUAUGAUCACUGCACGAGCGCAUAUACUUGGAUUCCCGGUCGGAAUUGUCGCCAACCAGCUGUCAGUAAUCAACCCCAACGAGGCCGCCAAAGGAGCACAGUUUAUCCGCAUGUGUAACCAGCAAAACGUCCCCAUCAUUUUCCUGCACAAUGUCACCGGCUUCAUGGUCGGGGCCAAAGCCGAACACGCCGGAAUCAUCAAACUCGGCGCCCAAAUGGUGUCUGCCGUGAGCUGCUCAACGGUUCCACAUAUCUCCGUCAUCGUGGGAGCCUCAUACGGCGCGGGCAACUACGCCAUGUGCGGUCGAUCUUACAAGCCGCGCUUCAUCUUCACCUGGCCCAUUGGUCGCUGCAGUGUCAUGGGCCCGGACCAGCUCUCGGGAGUCAUGGAGCAGGUGCAGCGCGCGAGCGCAAAGUCCAAGGGGAAGAGCCUGUCGCCGGAGAAGCUAACGGCAUCCGUUGAGUCCUUCCGGCAGAGCGCGCAGAGGGACAGUGAAUGCUACGCGACCAGUGCUAUGCUUAUUGAUGAUGGGAUUAUCGAUCCACGGGACACGAGAGACGUGCUGGGGGUUUGUCUGGAAGUGGUCAAUUUGCAGGAGGUCAAGGGCACGGAUACGCACAAGCUCCUGGCUAGAAUCUAG